CAGACAGCGCACGUGGGUGGGAUGGGACUUCUCUGCUUUCAUAACUGAUUUCACAACACAUUUCGGAACUCUUUUAUAAUCUGCAGCUUUAAAUAAAGAUCUGCCCCUCACACUGCAGAACAGGAUUUCAUCUCCAAAAUGAAUUGCUUAAUCGGAGCAGUUGUGUUGCUGUUAUCAAUUACAGCAGAAGCCAGAGUUGGCAACUCCAGUGAGCCCACAUCCUAUUGCACAGAGACCAAGGAGUGUCUGCUGUUUGAUCUGAUCUGUGAAGGAAAGGAAUAUGAGGUGCGUCAUUAUGAGGCGGCCAAAUGGGUGGCCACAGAGGUAGAGUCCAUUUUUAUAGAUGUGGCCAAAGUGAAAGCUUUCAGAAAACUUUACAAAUACAUCACCGGUAACAAUGAAGCAGGUGCCAACAUCGACAUGACCGCUCCGGUCCUCACUAAAGUGAAAGCGGACGUAUCUUUGUUGGAAAGCUCGGUGUACGUUCUCAGCUUCCUGUUGCCCUCUGCCUACCAGGAACAUGCUCCGCAGCCAAAUGACACCAGUGUGUACCUCACGGAAAUGCCGGAUAUGAACGUGUACGUUAAGAGCUACGGAGGCUGGAUUGUAUCACCGAUAGCUAAAAAGUAUUCUGCCCAGCUGAAAGAGGCACUCGAUAAAGCUCAAGCCUCUUACGAUGAAGACUACCACUACGACGUUGGCUAUAACAGCCCAAUGAAGCUGACGAACAGACAUAAUGAGGUGUGGUAUGUGGUCAAGGGAAAACCGGUGUGUCCACCUGCUGAGUAACAACGCCUCUGCAUCAUCUACAGCACAUCUGAGCUAAAGCAGUUACCUUUAAAGCCCAAAAUAAAGUGGCUGUUUAUGAAUAAAUAAAUGAAUAACUGCGCAUAGAUUUACCUCAUAUUCUGAUUUUUUUUUUCAGCUCCAAAAAACAGCAGAUUGUAUUGUUUCAUGCCAGACUUAAGGAAAGAAAAAAAAAGCAUAACUGUCUUUUGAAUAAUUGUUGAUGAACUAAACCUUUGAGUCAGAUUCAUUAUUCCAAUGUAACAUUUGUUUUUUUUUUUUUGUUUUGUUUUGUUUUUAAAAAUCUUCAAGGCUUUUAUUGUCAGAACAUUUUUUUUUAAUUAUUGAACUGUUCAUUUUAUUGGUUUGAAUACCUUUCAGUGUAUGAAAGCAAGAACUGAGCAGCAGCCCCAUGUUUAAUAGCGUUUGGCUUUGUUUUUUGUCUAUAACUCAGCAGCAGAGGUCGCCACUACCAAAAGAUUGAAUAACCCAAUUACUACAAGAUAUUUUUGUGAAUUUAUUGUGUAACAGAUUAAUUUUUUUUUUUUAUAUGAAAACAUAUAAAAAUAAAUAAAUAAAUAAAUAAAUAAAUAAAUACAGCUAAACAACAAAAUUAAGGCCAUGGCUAUAGAUAUUGAUGGUUUUAAAUAUGUGCCACUGACUCUUACAAUCAUUGGAUGAAGCGUUAUGUUAAUUCAUGUCUUUUAUUUCGUAUUUUUAUGACAUACGGUCAGACUGUUUGGUCUGUAGAUUUGAGCUGCUAAACCUUUCUGAAGUUCUUCAAGCAUGCAAAUAAACAUUUAGAGAAAGAAGA